UCACUCCUGGACUUGCACACCCCAUAGCUGAGCACCCGAAGCUGUCCGGCUGGUAAAUAAUUUAACCGACAAGAACGACAAUAUUUCCGACGCCUUUUCAUACAGGUAGCACGCAGGGCGUCAGUUUGCCGAACCAUUUCAUUUGGGGAAGUUGACAUUACCAGCCUGUGGGACGCUUGACUAUUCGCUACAGCAGUUCUUGACCAGUGCGGUGUACACACAGUGUUGGAAUAGUUGGAAAUAGUGGAAAUCAUGGAUGGAACGGGCACGACAGAUCCGCCGCCGUACGAUCAGAUCAAUCGUCCCGUGGCGGCUGCCUAUCCCCACCAGCAAACGCCAACGGCAGAUCCGUUCAAGUCCGCUAACUUGCACACCCGGGAACCGCCAUCGUUGCAGACCACAGUGAUCGUCACGAGCCCUCAGGUUGGUCCGGAUCCGACCACCAUCAUCUGUCCGUCCUGUCGUGCGACGGUGGUAACGAGGCUGGAGUAUGAAACCACCACCAAGACGCAUUUGUGUGCCGGUUUGUUGUGUCUGUUCCUUUGCUGGCCAUGUGCGUUCGUGCCGUACUGUUCAACCGCCUGCCGAGAUGCUAACCAUUACUGUCCGAACUGUGGAUCAUUUAUCGGCACGUACCGGAAGUAGAGAACGAUGAUCGAUUUUACUAUUACGUUAUGGCAAGCUUAAAACCAUUCUUUACACUAAUGUUUGUGCGUGUGUGUGUUUUUUGUGCUUUGUACGUAAAAGUGUACGCACUGCUAAUGACUCUUUAUCAGUAAAUAUCGUGUUGAGAAUUCGAAAUCGUUACCCCAAAAAUAAUGUGAACCGAGAAGUACAACGAGGCGCGAAAUCAAACCAACAUUGCGACACGUUUUGUAGAUAAGAUAGGGAACGAUACGAACCAGCACGAUAGCCACAGUACCAAUGGAAUACGAAAUUUGCUACAUAUUUUAGGUUAUGGUUAAAUUUGGCAAAAAAAAGAAGGCUUCAAUGGAUAUUUGGAAAAUGAAAAUCCGUGGUACUAUUGUGAAUGUAAACUACCAUUGAUAGUAGUAUCCUUUUAGGUAGGAUAUCAAAUUAGUCUUACAUUAAAUUGUAUUAAAAAGUACUGGAACAGCUCCGUCAAGUAUCAUUCUUCAGAAACAAUCAAUAAACGAAUGUUACUAAAAAAAUAAAUAAAUAAAUAAAUAAAUAAAUAAGCUUGUACAAUUUAUCACAAAGCGUUACGGGCUGACAAAUUUGCUUACAAGACUUAUCAUGCGUGAAAAUAAAUAGAAAUCAGCGUUCCAACAUUGUGUGACAUCUGUUUGUAAUAAAUGUAAAAGACCCUUUA